AUGGGUGAUUGUGCUAGUCGUCCUAAUGAAUCAGAAAUUGAAGAGCAUUUGCUCCAGUCAAACCCAAAAAAUGAUUCAUAUUUCCGAUAUAUCCCCAGGAUCGAUUUUUUCAGCAAAGAAAUUGCUGAAGAAACGAAUGUAACGAAUCUCGAACAAAAAAUUAAUUUUCUUAUCAAAAUGAAAAAAGGAUGCCAAUAUAAAAAAGAAAACAUAAUUCAAGGGUCCCAAGCUGUGCCAGAACUAAAUAUUGAAAUACAAAAAGGACAUAAUUUAUACAAAAACAAUAAUUGUUUUUCUCAAAGUAAUCCAAUCUGAAUUAAUUUUUAUUUUUAUAAUAAAAAUUAUAUUCUAUUACAAAUAAUCAUAGAAAAAUAGCAUAAGCCAUAUGUUAAAAUAUCUUUAGAGCCUAAUGGCCCAAUUGUCGAGACCCACGAGUCUGACAGUUAUAAGCCUUAUUGAUAUCGAUUUAUUCAGUUUAGAAACACCAUGUGAUCAUUUGAAAGCAUUGAUUUUAAAGUUCUGCUAAAAAGAAAUAUGAGGGAAGACGAGCUAUUAGGGAAUUAUACCUUGAAAUUAGACAAUUUAGAUGACCAGCUGCUAAAAGAAGGGUGGUUUGAUUUAAUCACUGACGACUCUAUUAAUAAAAAAUGCAUGCUCUGCUUAAGAAUCCAAAUGAUUAAAGAUGAACGGCUUCUUCUAGACAGACUCAUGGACAAAUGCGACGAAAUUAUUUUGAUGGCCAGAUAUAAAAUUGAACAAAUCCACAAUAGCAGAUAUAACUCUGACUCAAAUUAG